UCUCUUGUCACUGUCAGCACUCGUAGCUCGUUCUCGAGCUAACGGCGAGGACGCAGCUGUAGCUAAAGAGAGAGGAACAAGUUCACUGAGCUAGCUAGCUGUUGUAGCAAUACACUGAUCCUCAGCAGGUGAACACAGCUGACGGUGAUAGAGGAUUGACAGCACUCACAACAUGCUGCCUGACAAAGAUGGUCCAGGUGUUGGAGGCGGACAGAGCUCUCCAGAGGGAGAGGACCCCUCUGUGAGUCUGUUCAGAGAGUACCUCCGCCUCAAAACUGUCCACCCAGACCCGGACUAUGAUGCUGCUCUUCGGUUCCUGGACAGAAUGGCGGAGGAGCUUGGGCUACCCAUAAAAAAGAUAGAGGUUUGUCCAGGCAGAGUUGUGGCAAUCAUGACAUGGGAAGGGACGAACCCAAGCUUGAAAUCCAUCUUACUGAAUUCCCACACUGAUGUUGUACCUGUUUUCCAGGAACAUUGGAAAUACGAUGCUUUCAGUGCUUUCAAAGAUGCAGAGGGCAACAUUUUUGCCCGGGGAUCACAGGACAUGAAAUGUGUAACUAUACAGUACAUCCAGGCAGUCAGAAGACUGAAGGCAGAGGGACGGAAACUGAUGCGCACUGUGCACUUGAUGUUUGUUCCCGAUGAAGAAGUUGGAGGUCACAAGGGAAUGGAAACAUUUGUGAAGCAUCCGGAGUUCCAAAAAUUAAACAUUGGCUUUGCACUCGAUGAAGGUCUUGCCAACCCUGGCGAGGCUUUCACUGUGUUUUAUGGAGAGAGGAACCCCUGGUGGAUUACAGUCCACUGCCCAGGCAGUCCAGGUCAUGGCUCUAGGUUUGUUGAGAACACCGCUGCUGAGAAGCUGCGGCAUGUCAUGAACUCCUUCUUGGACUUCAGAGAGAAGGAGAAACACAGGCUAAAUACCAGUGAGUGUUUCACGCUUGGUGAUGUCACCACGGUGAAUAUGACCAUGGUGAAAGGAGGUGUGGCCUACAACGUCAUCCCAGCUGAAAUGGACGUCAGCUUUGACCUAAGAAUACCACCUACAGUAAAUCUACAGGAGUUUGAAAGACAGAUCAAACAGUGGUGUAAGGAAGCAGGAGAAGAUGUCACCUACAAAUUUGCUCAGAAACACAUGAACCAGAAUGUGACUUCAACAGACGAGAAUGAUCCCUGGUGGAGCACCUUCAGUGGAGCCUGCAAGUCAAUGAACAUGACUUUGGAAAAGGAGAUAUUUCCAGCUGCCACAGAUAGCCGCUUUAUCCGAGCUGUGGGUAUCCCUGCUAUCGGCUUUUCCCCAAUGAACCGGACGCCAAUCCUGCUGCACGAUCACAACGAGUUUCUGAAUGAGCAAGUCUUCCUGAAAGGCAUCAGCGUGUUUGAGAGGCUCAUCUCGGCUCUAGCAAGCGUUCCUGCCUGUCCUGCUGAGGCUUAGACAAGUCCUCAUUUUUAAUCCUCUUUAAAACAUAUUUCACGGAUGAUCUGAAUAUUUAACUUGAAUUAUUUGCAGAGAUUACCAAAGAAUGAGAAUAUGUAUAUCAUUCGCCAAAACUGAGCACUUAGCCUUUGGUACUGUUGAUUUUUUUAACAUGAUUCUCAGGAUAUAGGCGCAGUAAGAUUUGCAUACCUCAGUAUGCAGCAGUUUUUUAAAAACAUACUUACUGUGUGUCAGCAUUGAGUGUGCCUGUGUGUAUGCAGUCUUAAGGAAAUAUCAGCUAUUAUGUAAACAGUGUUUUCCAUCAGUAUGGAAAAGUUAACUUACUAAAAUGUGAAGAUGACUUUGAUUUGAUAAACUCUUGAGAUCAAAUGUCACUUUGUAGAUUUAGCUUGAUUUUAGAACUAUUCCACAAAUAUAAUUUUAUUUAAUAAACCUGAUUUAAAUAAA